UAGUAGGAGGCUUUUAGCUGCCGGUGGAGAGUCUGUUGUUGUUUGUAGUAAAGUACUUUAAAAGUACCAAAAACUAGUUUUCAACAAUGGGAACACGAGACGAUGAAUACGACUACCUCUUCAAAGUCGUACUAAUCGGAGACUCUGGAGUGGGGAAGAGUAACCUGCUGUCCCGCUUCACAAGAAAUGAGUUCAACCUGGAGAGCAAGAGCACCAUUGGGGUGGAGUUUGCCACCCGCAGCAUCCAGGUGGACGGCAAGACGAUAAAGGCUCAAAUCUGGGACACAGCUGGACAGGAACGCUACAGAGCAAUCACCUCAGCGUAUUACCGGGGUGCAGUCGGAGCUCUCCUCGUUUACGACAUUGCCAAGCACUUGACAUAUGAGAAUGUGGAGCGCUGGCUGAAGGAGCUGAGGGACCACGCUGACAACAACAUCGUCAUCAUGCUGGUUGGAAACAAGAGCGACCUCCGCCACCUCAGGGCAGUGCCCACUGAUGAGGCCCGAGCUUUUGCAGAAAAGAACACAAUCUCAUUCAUUGAAACAUCAGCCUUGGACUCCACUAAUGUAGAAGAAUCUUUCAGGAACAUCCUCACAGAAAUCUACCGUAUUGUAUCUCAGAAGCAAAUAUCAGACAGAUCUGGAAACGAUGAUUCUCCAGGGAACAACGUAGUAGAUAUAAGUGUCCCCCCAACCAUGGACGGGCAGAGGGGCAACAAACUCCCGUGCUGCCAAAGCAUGUGAUACUCGUCUUUUUUGUUGGUUUUGACUUGUUGUCAGUCUUUCUUUUCACCUCUUCUUAACUGCAAGCGUCAUGCUGCUGGCGUCAUGAUACCCUCAUGGGUUCAGAAGUCUCUGACACCAGGACUCUUGUAGUAGACAUUCCUUUUUGCUGUUUUUUUUUCUUUGCUCACAUGUCCUCUUCUGAUUUCACAGCGGACCCUGUGUCUAAAUACGUUUAUGGCCUCAUAAUAGCUUUCAGAGGGAGGAGGUGAUUUUGCUUUUAUGAGGUUGAUCUUUUAUUUUAAUUAACUAGCCUACAUGGUCUCAUUGACCUGCUCCUGUUGAAGGAGUGGCGAGGGAUAAGUACUCAAAGUGAUUCUACUCUCCCCCUUUUCUCAGCACUGCACUGAUACAAAAUUUUGACAUGAUCUGCUACAGUGAAAUCUCAAUUUCAUGUCUGUUUGACCUAAUUCUGCCUAUCAUGUUAUAGCCAUGGAGAGGAGGAGAAACCCUUGGAGUACUAAUGUGUGCUCUGUCUGGAGUUUCUGGUUUAGUUUUACUCUUCCUCUUUGAGCCCUGUGCCAACUGUGGCAUGAAAUUGGCAUGAGCCAGGAGCCAGACUGGCUGUGACUGUCUGACUUAAUAUGGGCAAGUGUGAAACAAAUGAAGUGUAGGUUUUUAUUUGUGUGUGUGUGUGUGCGUGCAUGUGUGUGUGUGUUAAUCUUUGCGCACAAAGAUACCAAAGGAGACCAAUUAUAGUCAUUGAGUUUUGAGCUUUCUCCUUUUCAAGUGUGUUCAAGGCUGCUAAGAUUACCGAUCAUUGCUGUAUUUAGCAAACCAAUCCAGGCUUCUUGCAAAUAUGUGUAAUGUUAUAUUGCAGAAAUGAUGUUAUGAAUUGUGGUGAGUGAUUUCGUAUUUGUAAAACAAUAGUAUCAGCCUCAAACAAGCCCAAUGUGUAUUUCCUCUCUUGAGUAGGCUCAGGUCAUACUCUCUUUUAGCAGGUUGUCUCUUAAUGAAAACUGUUGUACUUUUGCACUUGUGUCCAAGAAUUUCAGUGGAACAAAUCAACUUUUUAUUAUUUAUCAACAUCUUUAUCAUUGAAACAUUGAUUAGUAAUGGAAACAGGGGCAGUUUGAAGGAAAAAAAUGCAAUAGAUGGGGUCCUUAUUGUUUUUAACAGGUUUCCUCUCAUAUACUUGAGCAAGCUCUGCUGUUAUUUCAAUGUGAUAUCUGUUAAGGGGAGUGGAUAAAGGUAUGUGUAAUCUGAAACUAUUUUCAAUGGAAAAUUAAGCCACUAAAAAUGCUCUUCACUCAACAUUUUCACUCCCGCAGCAUAAACGUUUGAAACUGAAAAUCAGUUUAAUGGCUGAAAUGCCUUUUUUCACCCAUCUGGUUGAAAUGCUUUCAUGUGUGAUUGAUUUGAUGCAUUACGUCUCAUGAUAUUUCACAUUUCUUCAAAAAAAUGUAAAGCCAGUAAAAUUAAACUUGUUUUGCUAAUUUUA